CAUUAUCUUGAGUUAAUUUCAAAAAAAUUAACCUAUUUCUUUUAAUACUUUCAUAAUGAAUCAUGAGCAAUCCAAAGAUACGCAAUCGAAGCGAUGGAAAUCAAUUAAUACUUAGAGUUUAAAAAAACCUAUCAGAACCCAAAUCAGAGAUACAAACAACAAAUUCUAGAUGGAGGAAUUAGAUAAAAUGAUUCAACCCGAUAUCUUCCUUAUCUUGACACAAAAUGGGUAUUUAGAGGCAACAGCAAAUAUCGAUGUGGUUAAAUUACGCGAAUUAUACGCUAAAUACAAUGGGAAUAAACAAACAUUGAGCGAUUUUGUAAACAAACAAACCAAACUUUAAUCUUUGACCCAAAGUGAUCAAACAUUCCCUAAGAUAUUGAAUUAAGAUUAAUAAGAAUUUAAUUGAGUUCUUAUCUGCUUUUGUGAAGUAUUUAAGGAGGAAAAAAUCGAGUUGGAAGCAUCAAAAAGCAUUCAAAGCUUGAAGCAAGAAGAACUAGAAGAGAAAUAAACCCAAAAAGAAAAUGGAAAAGGUUUUAAUUGUUGUUGUGGCCUUCUUAGCUAUUCAAAGCUCAAUUGCAAAACCAGCGCCCCAAAAAGGCCCAAUGGAGACUAUUGCUGAUAACGUAAAAACAAUUGGUGAUAACAUCAGCAAAACUUUAGGGGUACAAGACAUUACAUCAGAAAAAGUCCUUAAAACCAUCAACGAUCAAGCCAAAGUCUUUGCAGACAACUUAAACCAAAUUAAAACGAAAGUUGAUAAAGAAAUUAAAGCUCAUGAUGGGGAAGUUCAAAAAACCUUAAAAACUUUCGAGGGUAAACUUGGGGAGGCUUUAGCAAGCAUCCAAAAGGUUGUGGAUCAAAUUGACCCCGAGAAAAAGAUGCAAAAAUCCACUGAGGAAAUCCGUAAACAAUUCGAUGCUAGUUUUAAAACGGUUACUGAUGGUUUUGAGAAGAUGUCGAAGAACUUGCAACCAAGUGUCAAUGAAGCUAACACCAAAAUAACUCAAUUAACCAAGCAAAUCGCCGAUAAUUUAACGCAAGUUGGAAAAGACGUCGAAACUAAAUUGAAGAAAGCUGUCGAUGAUCACCAAAAAACCCACAAAAUUUAAUUAUUAAUAAAUAUUUUUGUAAUGAAAAAAUUAAAAUAAAUAAUUUUGAAAUUA